UCCUGGACGAGCAGGCUUUCCGGCUGACAAAGGAAGUAUGGGAAUACCAGGAAGAAUGGGCUUAAAAGGACACACAGGGGAGAAGGGAGCACCAGGCGAGCCAGGUCUAUCUAUCAUUGGACCAAGAGGACCUCCUGGACAACCCGGAACAAGAGGCUUUCCAGGCUUUCCGGGUCCAAUUGGUUUGGAUGGCAAAUCUGGUCAGAACGGAGGGAAGGGAGACAUGGGUCAGCGUGGUCCUAAAGGACAGCCAGGGGAACUUGGACCCAAAGGAGAAAAGGGCGUAUGUGGAGACUACACACACCGGGACCUCUUUGUGCAGGAUCUUCCAUUGAAAACCCUGGCUGCCUUGCGCUCAAGUCAGUCUCUGAUGUUAAAGGGCGAGCCUGGAGCGCAGGGACCCCCAGGACUUCCAGGACCCCCUGGACCCCCAGGCUUGAUUGGAACUGGUGGCACACCGGGUAAACCCGGUGAGCCAGGCAAACCAGGAAAAGACCCAAGGCUCAUACCAGGACUGAAGGGUGAGCCAGGUGUUCCAGGGCAUAAGGGUGAUCGAGGCAAUGUAGGCCCAUUAGGACCUGAAGGCCCUAAGGGAGUUAAAGGUGACCAGGGAAUUGAGGGAGACCGAGGUUUCCCAGGCGCUCCUGGGUUUAAGGGUCAGGCUGGCAUCGCUGGUACCCCUGGCAUCCCUGGCAAGAGGGGCUACAGGGGUGAGAAGGGACAGCCAAGCACAGCAGCCACAGGUAUUAAAGGAGAACCAGGUUCAUCGGGACUGCCAGGCUUAACGGGACCCAAGGGUGAAAAGGGUGAUACAGGAGUCGAGGGGCAUGCAGGUGCUGAAGGCCCAGCUGGACCAAGAGGUCCUCCAGGUCUAGCUGGAGAGCCAGGAAAGGCUGAAAUUCAGAAUAAUGAAAAUGAUAUUCGCAACAUACCUUUGAUGGGUCCCCCUGGAUUACCUGGACCUCCAGGGUCCCCUGGCAUCUCAGGUGUCAAGGGCGAUGUCGGUCUACCAGGUCCACCUGGACUGGACGGCGAGAAGGGACCCAGAGGGAAGCCAGGGGACCCUGGUCCUUCAGGCCCAGCUGGUCCUCUAGGUCCCAGAGGCGAGGACGGUGUCAUGGGCUUCCCGGGUCCCAAGGGAGACAUGGGUCCAUCUGGAUCACCUGGUUUAGAUGGCCCUACUGGUGAAAAGGGGGCUACAGGGGGCUCUGGCUCUAUUGGAUUACCUGGCGCAAUGGGUCAUAAAGGCGAACCUGGAGAAGUAGCGAGGUCGGAAAUGAUAUAUGGUCCACCAGGGCCCUCAGGACCUCCAGGACCAGUUGGCCCAGCAGGAUCCCAAGGAUUUUCCGGGCCUAAGGGAGAGCCAGGCAUCGGCAUCAGAGGAGAAAAGGGAGCUUCAGGUCAUAAGGGCGACAAGGGAGACAGAGGCCAUCUUGGACUACCUGGGGCUCAUGGGUUAGACGGCAGACCGGGUCCAGUGGGUCUAAUAGGACCCGCAGGUGUGUCAGGGCCAGCAGGACCAAAAGGAGAGAGAGGUGAAAAGGGAGACGGAGGAUUACCAGGACCAACUGGGCCUCAAGGCAUCCCUGGUUUAGUAGGACCACAAGCACUCAAAGGGAACCGGGGAGAGAGGGGCAAGAAAGGCAACAGGGGGGCCAAAGGGGAUAAGGGAGACCAAGGAGCACCUGGAUUAGAUGCCCCGUGUCCGUUGGGGGACGAUGGCUUACCUGUACCAGGAUGCUGGAAUAAAGGUCAACAUCCUUUCCAACUGGCUAAGAAGUAGGGCUACCCAAGACUGUCCCCGAGAAGACACAGAGAGAAAACUUGAAGACAUUCUGAGAUAUCUUUGAGUUUUUAACCUAAUCUGGAGUUGGCAUUUUCAACGUUUUUCCAGGAGGCUGGACCCAGGGCCAGUAAUGUUGGAAGCUUCAUUGGCAGCAAUGAGCAUUUUAACUUCAAUAAGAGUGAAAAGUACAAGCCAGUUAGUCAUUGAAGACUCUCAGGACAGGACAACCAUCACAAGCCAUGGAGAGAUGCUGUACCUACUGAUGUGUUGCUGAUGACUACAUACACAUAGAUCUAUAAAACUCUAGUGAAAGUCAUGGACACUUUAGCAAAUGCCGAUUGUUGUGUUUCCAAUUGUGACAUCAAUACUGCAACUGUGUUUAAGAAUUCAGAGCAGCUCACAGAGCAGAGAGAUGCCAUGUGUUUUCAUGAAAAAACAAAAAAACACGGAAAAAAAAACUAAGGGAGACCCUCUUGAUGAUUCCUUCAUGACACUGCCUUUUUUUUAAUCCCUUUACCUGCAGCUAUUACAUUUAUUUGAAUGAUUGUGCAGUAUAGGAAAUACCAGCUUUGACAUCAUGUCUGGUCAUAUAUGAGAUAUAGUUAUAUAUAUUUUACUCUACAAUUGAGGUGUUAAAGGACACCACAAUUCAAUGCUGUAAUUGUAAGUAUUGUAUAAUAUAAGACAAAGGAUUGUAUGUAUAAAAGUACUCAGUCUUUGUAAAUAGAUUGCAUUGAUGAAACAUGGAUUUCACAUACAGAGGGAAUACAAAGGUCAGUAUUCAUGUGUUGAUUAUAUCGUCGUUAUAACUUUCUGCAAUUAUGGUUUUUGAAAAAAACAUUUUGGCUUUGUGUAAACCAACACUUUGUAAGUCCACAAUUUCUACAUUUGCAUGCUGCAUAUCCAGGCUCUCUAACAUGCCAUGAGAUAUACUGCAUGUAAAUACACAUGUUUUUUUACCUUCCGACUCAAAAACUUUCAUCAGAUGAUGGCAAAUAAUGUAUUGCUUUGUCACCAAUGAUGUGAAUUUAUCUUUAGUUAAUUCAAAAAAGUAGCUUAGUACAGCAGUGACUGUAAAUGCAAAUAAUAAAAAUGCCAUUCAUCUGUGUUGAAAAUCAAAAUAAUGACUAUCCUGUUCAAAUCAAAUAUCCAGAAGCAUUCCUUAUGUCAUAUUGACAGCUGCCUUUUAAACAGACCGGGGUCAAAAUGGUGUUUCAUUUUUAUUUAUUUGUUGGUUUUUCUUCUAUAAAUUUUCUUGAGUAAUUGCAAAAUGUAAGAAAUUGUUUAAGAGUGUCACUGUCUCAAAAUCUGCACGUGUUGUUACAAAACAUUGUUUAGUGGGUGAGAUUUGCCUGUUACAAAAUGUUUAAAUUUAAAUCAAUAGUUGUACUAUGUGUGAAUGGAAUCUUCAUACAAAAUUACAGGAUGCAAAUUACGAUUUAUUAUUGGAGUGACUACAGAUUUUAAUUUUAAAAAGGAAUAUUUGAUGUCUGAGAGCUCAGAGUGCUAUAACUUUAGAAAACAAGAGCAAAAAAGGAAAACAUUACAUCUUCACUGUUUAGUUCUGAUGUGUUUUCUCUAUUUAAUUGGUUUGUGUAAAUAAUGGAAAUUUCUCCAUUGGAUCAUAUUGUCCAUCUUGUAUUUUUAUUUAAAAGUGAUACAGUGGCCUGAGCUCACUUGGACACACACAAAGGUUACUGGUAAUAGCAUUAGAUUUUUCAUUUGUUUGAUAGUUUAAGUUACCAUUUAAAAAAAGAAAUUCCCCAUCAGGCAAUGUAACACACAGCAACUCAUUUAUUUAAUAGAUACACUCACAGAUUGUUGUCCUUUACAGAACUGGUUGUUGUAAGAAAACUGUUGUUUUCAUCUUCAACAUUUUACACCUUAAAGUUGUUAUUUAGUUUCUGCCUCUAUAUUUCACAUUCAUUUUUUGCACAAAUAUGAAACUAACACAUUUCUUUAAAAGUGAGGACAAGUUGUACAUUUGCCAUAUUUACUUGGUUUGCCUUGCCACAACUUAUCUCUAUCUUUAAGCCAUAGAAUAGCAACAGAGUAGUCUUUAUAUGAGCAAAGGGUUACAGAAUAUAUGGUUUAUAUAUUAUAUACAAGUGUAAGUUUUGAUCCAUCCACCAAAAGUCGUUUCUGGACAUAAUACAGUUAGUACACAUAUAGUCUUUGGUUUUGUGUCAAAUGUGAAGCUGUAUCUGCGCAACAUGUCGUUGCUGUGACUCUUUCACUUGAUGAGCUUGUUAAGCCAUAAUACUCAGAGAUUGGCUAUUGAUAUGGACAUUAGAAUGAUAAACAGACAGCAAUUUAUUUCACUUAAUUUUUGACAUCAAGUUUAUAACUAAAAAUAGUAUAGUAUAAUAGUACUAGUACUAUUAGUAUUGAUCUGUCCCAACUCACAUAGAUUAAAAAUAAAGAUGGCUGACAUGUCCUCCCACUGAAGACAUGAAAUGAAUAAUGUGUAUUCUGAAUUUAUGGUUUGGUCCAUGACCUGUCUUCUAACUUGUAUGGGUAGAGUUUAUGAUCUAUACUGUAGCAGGACACUAAGUGGCAAUCAAGAUAUUUUGGCAUGUCUUCCAUUUACCUAAACCAAAUCCUAACAAGAGCAGUGAAAGAGGGAAAGUGUAUCACUCAGGUAUGGAACACUCUUCAAGUGAAAAAUGACCAGUCUCUACUUUGGAUUUGCAGGAUCAGUUGCACAAUAUUUUUGUUUUGUUUUGACUAACUGUUAGCAUUUAGAUUUGUAACAAAACAAAGAUAAAGUUGGAAAUAAAGUGUACAUAACCACUGUUCAACAACCUGCUUUAUUUUGAUAAAAAGGAAAUAUUCUAUGUAAAAUUAUUUUUGAUGUGAAACUCUGUACUAUCAAUUUAGAACAGUAUUUGAGGAUGGGUAAGUGGGCAUUAUACAGAACUUGCAUGUUAUUGUUUAGCCUGUAUUAAGCACUAUUAUUUACAUUUUGUUUUCAUCUUUUUUGUCUUUAUAUUGGAAUGCUAGAUUAACUUGACAUUUGAGGAUUUUCUCUGGAUAGUCUACAGAAAUCUGAUAGCCGAGUGACCUUUGUGCCAAUUUCUAUGCUAACACCACCUUGAAUUGAUAUGUGUAAGAUUGUUUUCCAUGAUUCAGUAUGACUUCCAAACACAGGUAAGGAAUUUAUUGCAGCCAACAUGCUGCAACCUACACCUGUUAUUUAAGUGUGGUGUCGCAAUGAGAUAAGGUAAUGAAAUUGUUUUGUGCUUUCCAAAAGAAUUUAUCUUUAUUUUUUAUAAUCCAAACAAUGGCAGCUGUUGUUACUGAUUGCCGAACAGAUUCACUGCUAAGUACAAUUAAAGUAUUUCAGCAAUUUGUCACUGACUCAGAAUAAAGAAACCAAAUUGCAAUGCAA